CCAUAAAAAGGCCAUGUUCAGUUCAAGCACGAAGACUGUGAAGCCCAAUGGCGAAAAGCCGGAUGAAUUCGAGCCUGGUAUUUCUCAGGCUCUUCUUGAGCUAGAGAUGAACUCGGACCUAAAGGCUCAGUUACGAGAGCUGAACAUAACUGCAGCUAAGGAAAUUGAAGUUGGUGGUGGUCGGAAAGCUAUUAUAAUCUUUGUUCCUGUUCCUCAACUCAAGUCUUUCCAGAAAAUCCAAGUCCGACUAUUAAGCGAACUGGAGAAAAAGUUCAGUGGAAAGCACGUGGUCUUUAUUGCUCAGAGGCGAAUUCUGCCUAAACCAACUCGGAAAAGCCGGACAAAAAAUAAGCAAAAGCGUCCCAGGAGCCGUACUCUGACUGCUGUGCAUGAUGUAAUCCUUGAAGAUUUGGUCUUCCCAAGUGAAAUUGUGGGCAAGAGAAUCCGAGUAAAGCUGGAUGGCAGCCGGCUUAUAAAGGUUCAUUUGGACAAAGCACAGCAGAACAAUGUAGAACACAAGGUUGAAACGUUUUCUGGUGUGUAUAAGAAGCUCACGGGCAAGGAUGUUAAUUUUGAAUUCCCAGAGUUUCAGUUGUAAACAAAAAUGAUUAAAUA